AUGUUUCGACUAAUCAACCCAAACAGUUUAAGGUACGAGCGGAAACUGGGUGUUAUCGUCCAGGAGCCGACGAUGAUUGACAGCAAAUGGACACUCUGGGGUGGUGUUUAUUACGCUGCCAGCUUGUACACCACUAUUGGUUAUGGUAACUUCUACCCACGAACGAAUUCUGGUAGGAUCAUUUCAAUGCUGUACGCAUUUUUCGGCAUUCCGCUAGUUUUCACAAUUCUCUGCGAGUGGGGCUUUCUUUACUUCACAUGGAUCGAAUAUGGAUGGAACUGGGUUAGUGAAAAAUUCUGUCAGAAGAUACGUCGUGUUGGGAGCGAACUUUCUCUUCGCAGCAUGUCUACGGCGCCGUUGUUGAAUGUGAAUCGAACCACAAGCAACUUGGUGAACACCACCGAUCAUCAGAUCGAAUCAAACAAGCCAAUUGGCGAGUUGGACGUCGUGCUGCCCGACAAAGAGCAAACCGAUACCGUUCCGAUGAAGGCGGCUCUAAUUUUUUUCUUCUUAUGGAUUAGUCUCUCAGCUUUCAUUGUCAGAUUAUGGGAGUACGAAUGGUCCUACUUUAGUGCGUUCUACUUCUUCUUUACUUCACUUACGACAAUCGGCCUUGGUGAUGUAGUCACUAGGACUCCCAAUUUUAUUAUCUUCAAUUUGGCACUCACAUUAGUCGGGCUUUCUGUGGUCGGUUUAUGUCUUGCUAUUGUCCAGGCUAAAGUUCGUCUCGUUUUCGAUCGAUUAUUUCGUUCCAUCGAUUCUCAGUAUCGGAUUCGACAAAUCGAUCCGGAUGUUGCUACGAUGACAUUAAUUCCUGACGAGAAGGAAGGCGUAAAACGAUUGAUUGGUGCUCAGCCGCUUCAAGACCGCAUUGUGUUCAUUUUCAUGGAUGAACACAAGAAAUCCAUGUUACGAGACCGCUGGAAACUGAGAAGUGGCAUGGUUAACAGAAUCACGCAAACAUAUCCAGCAAGAGCAGACAAAUGUUUGCAAACAGGACAUCGUGUAUAUGACCAGCCAGGACAGCCGAAGCGGAAUGACGACGAUUGGGUAGACGUAAGAAAUCGUUGUUCGGUUUUGGACGAAAGCGUGGAGAACGAAGACGGCGUCGAGUACGAUGAGACCGGAAACCGAGUAGUACCUCCAAGUACGAAACGAUACAUCUACACUGUUUUCGACUGA